UCAAAUUCCCCCCAUUCUCUUUUACAUCCCUUGGGUCUCAUUUUUUCUCUCUCUGAUUCUGAGUGCUCAUCGAUGGGGAGAGACGGAGGUAGUAGCGGUAGAAGAAAACACAGAAAUUAUUCAAGUAGUGAUGAUGAUGAUGAUCGAAGAAGACGAAAGAAGAGUUCUUCUAAACAAAUCACAGAACAAGAAAUCAAUGAGUAUUUAGCCAGAAAAGCUCAGAAAAAGGCAAUAAAAGUUGCGAAGAAAUUGAAGACGGAAACGGUUUCUGGUUAUGCUAAUGAUUCAAAUCCGUUCGGUGAUUCUAACCUUAAUGAGAAGUUUGUGUGGAAAAAGAAGAUAGAAAAAUCGAUAUCUCAAGGUGAAUCUAUCGAUGAAAUUUCAGUUAAAUCUGAAAAGAGGAGAAUCAAAGAAAGGAUGGCGGAGAUUGAGAAAGUAAAAAAGAGAAGGGAGGAAAGAGCUAUGGAAAAGGCUCAACAUGAAGAAGAAAUGGCAAUGUUGGCUAGAGACCGUGCGAGAGCUGAAUUUCAGGACUGGGAGAAAAAGGAAGAAGAGUUUCAUUUUGAUCAAAGCAAGAUCAGGUCAGGAAUUCGAUUACGUGAAGGGCGUAUUAAGCCUAUUGAUAUACUCUCCAAGCAUCUUGAUGAUUCAGAUGAUUUUGAGUUCGAGAUUGAUGAACUGGAUGAACCAUACAUGGUGUUCCAGGGCUUGACUGUGAAAGAUAUGGAAGAGCUUCGUGAGGAUAUAAAACUGCAUCUGGAUUUGGACAGGGCAACACCUACACAUAUAGAAUAUUGGGAGGCGUUACUGGUUGUUUGUGAUUGGGAACUAGCAGAAGCUCGAAAAAGGGAUGCUCUUGAUCGAGCUAGAGUACGUGGAGAGCAACCACCUGCUGAGUUGCUUGCUGAAGAAAGGGGCCUGCAUUCAAGCAUCGAAGAAGAUGUGAAAAAGCUCCUGCAUGGGAAAACUUACAAGGAAUUAGAAGUGUUACAGACGCAGAUUGAGUCACAGAUGCGUUCUGGCACUGCCAAGGUAGUGGAGUACUGGGAGGCUGUUGUGAAACGACUUCAUAUAUUCAAGGCCAAGGCUUGUCUGAAAGAAAUUCACACCAAUCUGUUGCGUAAGCAUCUAAGGCGUCUGCAAAACCCCGUGAAGAGUGAAAAUAUUUUGGAAGAUGAUCGCGUUGAUCCGAAGUCGCAAGCUGAGAAGGAUAUCAUUCCUGAUGCAGAAGAUGCUGGGUCAUAUUCUCCCAAACUCUUAAUGAAAGUGGAGGAGGUUGACGAGGAAGAAGAAGAGGCUGGAUCAUUUUCUCCAGAACUUCUGCAUGAUGAUGAAAAUGAAGAAGCAAUUGAUCCCGACGAGGAUAGAAUUGAACUGGAACGUAAACGUCAGGCUGUCAAAGAAGAACAUAAAAGACGACUUCAAGAAGCGAUGGCAUCAAAACCUGCUCCAGUGGACGAUAACUGGGAAUUGAAGGCCAGUAAAGCAAUGGGAGAUGUUGUGGAUGGAGAUGCAGUAUUUGGUUCUGGUGCUGAAGUAAACCUAGAUUCCCAGGUUUAUUGGUGGCAUGACAAAUACCGUCCUAGAAAACCGAAAUACUUCAACCGUGUUCAUACUGGAUAUGAAUGGAACAAGUACAACCAAACUCACUACGAUCAUGACAAUCCACCUCCCAAGAUUGUGCAAGGUUACAAGUUUAACAUAUUUUACCCAGACCUUGUAGACAAAACAAAGGCUCCUACUUACACCAUAGAAAAGGUGGAAGGAAGCAAUGGCGAGACAUGUCUUAUAAGGUUCCACGCAGGACCCCCAUACGAGGACAUAGCAUUCAAGAUUGUUAAUAAAGAGUGGGAGUAUUCCCACAAAAAAGGCUUCAAGUGUACUUUUGAGAGAGGAAUCUUACAUGUCUACUUCAACUUCAAACGUUAUAGGUACCGCAGAUAAGUUCAAGCUGAGGAGUGUCAACUGUGUUGGGUCAAGGUUGUUUGACUUCUGCUGUGCUUUUCCAUGAAAAUGCAUAUUCCCUUAAAUGGUUCUUCCAGAUGAAUUUCCUCUUUCUCCAUGGAAUUCAUUGACAUUCUGAACAUGCCAGAUAAUUUUUGUAUGAUGUACGAAAAAGCAUCCAAAUUUUUGCACAAUUUUUUAGAAAGUGUUGAUGAAACAUGUUUAUCAUCUAAUCUUGGAUAAUGAGAGAUUGGGUGACACACAGCGAUAGGGCUUCUAACUUGGGCAACUAAUAUGGCGGGUCUCAUCAGUCAAUUAAGAAUUUUCAG